AUGUGGCAAGCAGGCAAGAAUAAGGGCAACGUGGCUUCUGAAGAUUUAACUGGGACCGAGACCUCUUCCAAUUCAGGCAUAAGCAUAGGUGCUUUGGUUGGCAUAAUCUUUGGCUCAAUUGCCUGUGUAAUUUCAUUAUCUGCAAUUUUUAUUCUUUUACUAUUAAGAAUAAGAUUAAGACGUCAUGAUGCAGUUUCCAAACCACGCCAUUGCACACGUGGUUAUAUUCAACCACUUCUAUUAUCUAAGAUCGCAAUACAAAUUGAUGGAAGAAGAGCUUUUACUUAUGAGGAGUUGUCUGCUGCUACAAGAAAUUUUGACAACAAUGCUCAAAUUGGACAAGGAGGUUAUGGGAAGGUUUAUCAAGGUAUUCUUUCUAAUGGCAUUGUGGUUGCCAUAAAACAUGCACAACAAGGAUCACUGCGAGGUGAGAAGGAAUUUCUCACGGAAAUAAGAAUACUGAUAAAUAUGAAUCAGACUUUGUGUACUUUCUAA